AUGGGAGGGGUAUACACGCGUGUACGCAGCAUUUCGUCGUUGCGACCUGGUGAUCAUAUUUGCAUUUGGGACCACAGUCGCUGGCCUUUUUCGUACCAGCAUCACGGUAUCGUUUGGGCCUCUAGCGACGAGCUCGCAGAUGUCCGUGUAUGUCACGUUUGGAGCCCAUUGCAGGGCUAUAAAGAAGCUCAAGCUGAUUCGUGUUUUCGUAUCUCGACACUGGAAGAUUUUCUAUAUAACCGAAGUCUAAACGAUCUUCGUCUUGUGGAAUAUCAUACAUCAGCAUUUCGAGACUUUUUGUCCAAGUGGGGCGAAGUACAUCGAGGCAAGUCAGAUUUGCCUGAAGUCGUGCUCGCACGUUGCAAGUUUCUACUGGGUUUGGGCAAAGGCGACUUCAAUAUCUUUACCCAAAACUGUGAACAUGCUGCACAUUGGUGUAAGACUGGACAUCAGUGGUCCAAGCAGAUACUUACAAAAGUUAAUGGUCGUGUGCCGUUCGAGAAACGUCUUGCAAAGGAGGAUAUCGAUGCACUUGAGCAUGAGAUUGAGGAGAUUAAGGGUGUUUCACGUACAGUGGUAAAUAAUGUACUCAGGUUAUCGGGGUCCAAGGUUUUUCUUCGUGUUUGUGGCAACAAGUACGUGCGAAUUAUGGAGGAUGGACUUCAUGUAGAUGUCGUGCCCCAAGGUGAUAACCCGGAAACGUGUGGUCGCACAGCUUUUCGCCUUGAAUGUUACUCAAAGCAGUAUAAUUGCGUGAAGGUUGCGUUUUACCACGAGGAAUCAGGUCGCUACAUGUUUAGUCGCUCAACAUUCUCGUGCUUUCGUGAUUUGCGCAUGAAGAAAGCCAACUGGUUACGUGGGACAUCUGGCAUGCGAUGGGAAUACUCAUCAGGUGGUCAUCUUAGCAGUAUGAAUCAACACCGUCGAUAUAUUGGGAUGCGUGACGAUGGCUUGCUCGUCGACGUAGGUCUUCGUGGAGAUGCAUCGUAUUUUGAAUUUGUGCCCUGUGUUUCAUUAAAAACCAUAGCGGAUGGUCAGGCUGGAUCGUAUGUACCACCGGAUAUUACAUUGAUUAAACGAUCAUAUAACCAUGCCAAGACGGUGGAGGAGACGAGGUCACAGAGUAUGAUUGAAUUUGAAGAAGAACGGCGUGGAUUACAUGAAGUCACUCAUUUAUGA